UUAGCAGUGUUCUUCACCCUGAAGCUCUGGGUGGUUGGUUGGUUGGUCAACUAAGCGUGGGGAAGGACAGUGUUUCUUUUUCUGUCAGAGCUGUGCGCCACCAGGGCUCCCAGAGGAGGACCAAACCUGAGCAAGGGCUGAUGCAGAACGGGGAAGUUAUGAGCCCGCAGGACUCCAAGGCAGUGGGGGCCGAGGCCAUGGAGGAGCAGAAGGCCCAGAACCACAGCCAGAAUCAGGGUUGUUUGGAGCCCACAGCGCCUCCGCUUCCUCCCCCCUCACCACCGCCACCAGGGCCACCAGAAUAUCCGAGACCGAGGCUCAUCUUCCACACCCAGCUGGCUCAUGGGAGUCCCACAGGCCGCAUCCAUGGAUUCACCAAUGUCAAGGAGCUGUAUGCCAAGAUCGCUGAAGUGUUCAACAUCUCCCCCUCAGAGAUCCUGUUCUGCACCCUCAACUCUCAUAAAGUAGACAUGCAGAAGCUGCUGGGGGGACAGAUUGGACUGGAGGACUUCAUCUUCGCUCAUGUUAGAGGCGAGACCAAAGAAGUGGAGGUGACAAAGACAGAGGAUGCUCUGGGUCUCACCAUCACAGACAAUGGAGCUGGAUAUGCUUUCAUUAAGAGGAUAAAAGAAGGCAGCACCAUAGACCGACUGAAGACAGUAUGUGUUGGUGACCACAUUGAGGCCAUCAAUGACCAGAGCAUUGUAGGAUGUCGACACUAUGAGGUGGCUAAGAUGCUAAAAGAGCAACCGAGAGGCAUACCGUUCACUCUUCGACUUGUGGGGCCUAAGAAGGCCUUUGAUAUGAUUGGAAUGAGGACCAGAGCGCCGAAAUCUAAUGAGGGCAAGAUGGUGAACGGGAAGGAGACGCUGCGACUUCGCUCCAAAGGUUCUGCUACAGUUCAGGAAGUGCAGAAUGAGUUUGAGGAGCAGGCCACCAAGAAAGUGGAUGACCUGCUGGAGAGCUACAUGGGCAUCAGAGACCUGGAGCUGGCAACCACGAUUGUUGAAGCGGGCAAAGACAAGAAGAACCCCGAUGACUUUGCAGAGGCGCUGGAUUCAGUUCUGGGAGAUUUUGCUUUCCCUGAUGUGUUUUUGUUUGAUGUAUGGGGAGCUAUUGGAGAUGUCAAAAAUGGCAGAAUCUAGAUGUUUAUUGUAUACAGAAGAGUGAGUAAAAUCUCUGUUCUCUGGUACGCCCAGUUGUUAAAAAAAAAAAAAAAAAGUGACACGUAGAAGUGUUUUAAUGUUGCUUUUUCAGUCAAUUUAUCCAUCCAAUUAUUUUCUUUUCAGUCACAACUGGGCCAGCGAUUAAUUCUGACAACUGCACAGUAGUUCUAAAUGUAUUUGUUUUGAAUUCAGAGCUGAUUAAUUCUCAAGGGUGGAAAAAUAGUGACAGUAACAUUUGCUUGCUCACCAAUAUACAGGCCUUUUACAAGUUGGAUUUAAGACAGACGUUUACAAAAUGACCUUCCCAUAUGUACAGAACAUCAUGAAAAAGAUGCAUUUGUUCACAAACUGCAACAGUGGGUAUCAGUGAGCCAUCUAGAAACCCAGGAAGUUUGAAAAGCACCAGGAAACGUUUCUCCUCUGAUGAAAGCCCACUGAGGAAAAACAGGAAAGGAACAUUUUUCAUUUCAAAGUCAGAAUGCAUUUGUCUGCUUCUGUGUGCAUCUCUGAUUUAACCCCAAAAAUUCAAAAAAUAACUACAAUUUAAAUAUUCUCCAUCUUCAAGCGGGUGACUGAUCUGAACUUGAACUUGCAAAAAUAUCUGUUUUAAGACAUUAAACAAACAGAUUACCUGAAAACAGGAUACCAAGGAGCUCCAGCUGUACCGCACUAAUUUGCAAUUCAGAUUUCACAUCAUGACUGUCAAACGAACUCAAACCAUAACUGCCCACAGUAAAAAGACAUAAAUAAGCUCCGUGCAUGCCUGUGCCUAAGCUUGUGUGCAUGUAAACUGUUUCCGUGGAUUUCCUUGCAAUGUUUUUGCCAGUAAAAAAUGAAGGUCUUUAUGCUCACUGAUAUUAAAAUUCCAUCAUAUCACAUACUCACUUGCUUUCCACUUUUGCCAUGUUUCAAAGACACAGAGAAUUUGUUUGAUUCAAAGAGAGAAUGUAAAUAUAUUUCAGCAGUUGGUUGCAGAUUUUAUACUUCAGUAUCACUGCACUUGAUUUCAAAGUGUUUUUGUGUAUCUGCAUUGAAGAUUCUUUACUGUAAAAAACAUGGUAGCAUCAGACUACACAUUGGAGUUGAACAGUUAUAUAUGUUGUCUGGCUCACCAAACAACGUGAACAAGAUUUACGGUCUUUUUUUUCCCCUUUUUUUCUUUUUCCCGCAAACAGCCACAUUUCAAAAUGCAAUUUGAUUUCUGGCUGCACAGUUUUAACUACAUCAGUAUUUAUCAUCAGGUAGUGAUGUUUUGUUUUGACGCUUUGUAUAUGAUUGCUCCUCUUUAUGAAGACCUGAAAAUGUAUGGCGCAUUUUACAUGUUUAAGCUUUAAAUAAAGUGGUUCAACUCA